AAAAGCGGUAAAGUACAGGUUAAACGUACGGAGACAACAUUGACGCGAUCAUACACACCGCUUCAGAAACCCAACACAACACUCUCCAAUAGCAACGAAUUGAAUAAAAUUAAAUUAUGAUUAUUACUACUCUAUCACUAUAACACCGAGCGCUCCAAAUUUCGGCGUAGUUUAAUUUUAAAUUUCAUGGCUUCUUCAUCUCUUCAUUGAAACGAUAACAAUGGAAGACGACAAGCGCCACCAAGUCGCUGAGAUCCAGAGUUGUUCUUCACAAUCAGAAUCAGAAGUAAUACCCAAUAAUAGGUCAACUUUCGAUGCUUCCGAAACGACGUCGUAUAGUUCUUCACAGUUACCAAAACCUAAACCUAGAACUAAGGGAAUUUUGUGCAAACGACGGAACCCUAGAGUCACUGUUCGCCGCAUAAGGGUUAAUAAUGUUGCCGCCAUCGGUUUUCCUCUUGGAAUGUCGUUCGCCGCUGUUAUGGCUCAGGUGUUAUAUAGAAGAGAUGCUGCAGCUGAUAGUAUGUCUCCCAGUCAUCUUUCGUCGAUAUGCACGUCUGCGAUCAAUGAAUCUUUAUCCAGUGUAUUUGGAGACAAGCUAGAUGGUUUGACAAAGAACUUUGAACAAUCUUUUGAUAGCACUUUGAGUACUCUUCGUUUAAUUUAUGAAUCAACGAUUAGCAAUGAAGGGAAUAAAUUGAAUAACAUGAGGUUGGAAAUUCCAAAUUCUAAAUUGAAUAACAUGAGGUUGGAAAUUCCAAAUUCUAAAUUGAAUAACAUGAGGUUGGAAAUUCCAAAUUCUAAAUUGAACACAGGAGACUGCUCAGGUAAUAUUGUUAUGGAGGAUUGUCAAUCAGAGCCACUGUCACAUGAACAUGCUGAAAACAUUGAUCAAUCAAUUAGUAGUGAAGAGUUCAGGGAUGAUUUUCACAUGGAGUCAGUUACUCAUGAUCUUGCUUUGCAUGGGCAAUCAAACCAAAUGGUUUGUUUUUCUCCAACCUCUUCUGGAGCUGUAGUUAAUAAUCCAGUGAUUAGUUCAUUUGAGAAGUCUGUUGUGGAGCAAUGCCGUUCUAAUGACCUCAAGACUGUUGAAAUUGGUCUUACAAGGCAAAAAUUGAAACUCAAAGAGAUAGAUUUGGCUCUCCGCUACGAUUUAAAUGAUCUGGAGCGAUCCAAGUUAGCUAUGGAAGUAUCGAAGUCAUCUUUCAAAACUGAAAAGUUUAAGAGUCAGUUAGAAGAUACCAGAUAUGGUGAACUAAAUAAGAAGUGCAUAGACUGUCUUAUUGCUGGUCUAUUCAUUAUGUCAGCCUCACUUUUUUAUGGCGCUUAUGUUUAUAACUUUGAACAGUUUAUCGAGGCUGCUGAAUUGUGUGCUCCAGAAGAGGAAUCUUACUCCUGGUUUACUCCAAAGUCAGUAGCCUGGUUCAAUUCAAGUGUGCAUGUUUUUAUUUGUCGAGUUGGAGUUGUAAGCCGAAUGGUGUUUGGUUUCCUAAUGAUCAUUGUAGUUGCAUAUUUGCUCUUCCAGCGGGCAUCAACAUUGUCAUCACAAACUAUGCCAGUCACUUUCAUCCUUUUGAUGCUAUGUAUUGGCUGUGGUUACUGUGGAAAACUGUGUAUAGACACACUGGGAGGUAGUGGUAAUGUUUGGCUCUUAUAUUGGGAGAUUCUAUGUUUGCUGCAUUUCGCAUCUAUAUGCUGGACGUCUGCUUUGUAUCGAAUCCUUCAUGGACCAAUCGACGUAAUGCAGACAAAGAAAGGUAAUACAAUUUUUCGGUACUGGAUUCGUCGGUUGCUGUUCUAUGUUAUUUUGCUUGUUGUUCUGCCAUUGUGCUGUGGUCUCAUGCCUUUUGCUAGCUUAGCUCAAUGGAAAGACCAUUUUAUGUCGAAGGUGAUUACUGGAUCAGAAUGGUAAAACAUCUUUUGGUCAUGUAAACUGCAUAUUUUUGUGUAAAACCAUGAGCAGCUUAGCUUGUGGUAAGCCAACUUACAAAGCUCCAUCAAUUGUAUUUGCCUGCAGCUAGUUUUGUUUGGCUCAUUUUUGUUAAUUAUUUUAUUUUAUCUCAUGUUGAAAGUUACACUAUUAUUGAUGUAAUAUUAUACACCACUUUUAUUUAUUUAUUUAUAAUAUAUCAGUUUUUAUUUAUAA